AGCAUCUUAAACCUUUCCUUUACCAGUAAGUAGUGAAACUUGUUAUUAGAUAUUUGCAUUAUAUGGCACCUAAAUAUUGUUAAACCAUGGGAUUUUAAUAUUUUGGUAGAUUUGUGUGAUGUCAGCAUUUACUCAAAAAAGCUACUUUUUAAUUCUGAGAGUAUGUUUCUUUUAACGUUUAAAGCUGCAAAAACUAACACUCCACAGUGCUGUUAAGCAUCAGUAAACCAUGAGGUAAAAGUGGUACCAUUCAGGGCUGGCAUCUCCCUCUAUCACAGCUGAUGAGGAGAUGAAGCUGGAUCUAUCACAUUGUGGCAGAAAAUAAUACAUAAGGGAUGUGAGAAUUUAAAAAAAAUCCCAACAACAUUGUUUACAAUAUGAAAAAAAAUAAUCAUAGAGGAAUAGCAGAUAUACUAUUAACAUUAAAUACAAAAAAAUCAUUUCCUUUCCAUUGCCAGGACUUCUAGUUUUUAGUCUUCAAAAUCGAUAAUAUCUCAAUUGAAAUAAAAUUGAAACGAAUGUAAAACUGUUAAUAUUUAUUUAAUGGGAAAUAUUUGAAAAACUUUAAGAAGCAAAGCUGUUCAUAAGAGUUUUUAAUUAAAAUCUGUUGCAGGGACACCCAUUUUAUAUGUUGAAAAUAAACAUUAAGUGAAAUUUUAACAUCAGGAAGGAUUGCAUUUGCUAUUUUAUUUUGGGAGUACUGUAUGUACAUUGAUAUGUGUGUGAAAGGUGGCAAUAUAAAAUAUGAUACAUAUUCAUCAAUUUUUGUUCAAUGCUCAGUUGACUCUUGAAGAAUUUAAGGAGAUCACCAUUCUUGCAAAAGUGUCCAACUUCCCAAUCCAACUAAAUCAAGAGCAUAUUUAAAUCUCAAAUAUACAGUACAAAUAGGAAGUUGUAGAUAUUUAUAGUGCUAUCCAUUUCAUGAGCAAGUGACUAUGGGUGCAUAUAACAAAAUUAAAUGUCUAAAAUAGUUAACAAAUAUUAAAAAUCACUAUGGUUGGCUAUUCUGAUUAAUAUUGCUAACAUUUCAAUUCUAUUUCGAAUGGAUUGUGUCUUAGGUUUUCAGAAACUAUUUUGCUUGUCUUUAAGAUAAUUUUUUCUUUACCAUAAAUGUUUAAUAUGAAGCAAAGGAGAUGAUGAAUUGAGUUUAAAGUUACAGGGGGAAAUAAACCAUUUAAAAAUUUUGAAUGUGUUCCAAAAUAGCUUGUUCUUCUGAAAAGGAGCAAUAUUAAAAUAAAGGUCUCUGUAAAUGCCAGACUAAAAGAAUGGAAGUAGGAAAAGACCAUUUGAAGUCCCGCCUGAAUAUUCCUUACAAAAAUUGAGAAGCUAUAUUGAUGUACCUUUCAAUUCAAAUCUAAGACCUAGUACUGCUUAUAGGGCUAGAAUUACAUUUUUAAAAAACUUCCUCAUACAGUAUUACAAAAUGGAUUGGAAGCUGAUAAACUGGCCAAUAAGGGCACAAGUCUUUCCUUUUUUUCUUUGGCACAGGACAUACCUCGUUUUUACAUUUUAACAUUUCAUUUGCAGUUUCUGCCACUGUGGCUGAUUAUCAACACGUCCUUGUGCUCAGUUGCUCUCACGCACUACUCAUUUAUAAUCACGCCUCUCCAAGUGCCUGGUGUACAUCUGCUCAGUCCUUUUGUAGCCUUCUCAUCUGCUGCAGGGUCACGUUUAGCAAGCCAUUCAGUUAGCCGUUAUUUCAAACGCAAGCACUCUUGUUUGCUCAUUUCCCCUGCCUUUGCCCUUGCCACUCUCUCCCCUCCUCCUCCUAUCACAUACAGACAACUACAGCCUUGGCUGGGGAGCCAUCAGACAGUAACACAGGUUUACAGCAACAGAAAAGAAACAAGCAGACAAAAGGUGACGGCAAUUCUCAUCAUGGCAUCGGCCGCUCUCCAGUUUUUUGCUUUCGUCCUAGCCUUGUUUGGUGUUUUUGGCGCGAUCGCAGCCACCCUGUUGCCCAACUGGAAGGUGAAUGCAGACACGGGCUCAAACAUAAUCACGGCCAUCACUCAGAUGCAAGGGCUCUGGAUGGAUUGCACAUGGUACAGCACCGGGAUGUUCAGCUGCACGCUGAAAUAUUCAAUCCUGUCUCUCCCUGUUUACAUCCAGGCAGCAAGGACCACCAUGAUUCUGUCCUGCAUCCUCUCCAUUUUUGGGAUCUGCAUCGCCACAGUGGGGAUGAAGUGCACCCUUCUGGGAGGGGACAGAGAGACCAAAAACCACACAUCAGUUGCCGGAGGAGUCUUCUUUAUUUUGGCAGGAAUAUCUGGCUUGAUACCAACAGCCUGGUACACAAAAGAGAUCAUUUCAAAAUUUCUGGACCCAACUAUUCCAGAAAGCAGUAAGCAUGAACCAGGAGGAGCAGUUUAUGUUGGAUUUAUUUCGGCUGGACUUCUGCUUGCUGCAGGUGCCAUCUUUGGCACUUCCUGUUUUAAAAAACAGCAGAGAGCAGGGAUUUAUCCUAACAAGCAGCAGAACCUGCAUCCAGCUUCCCGGCAAGUGGACACAGGCUACAGCCUGAAGGACUAUGUGUAAAUAUGGUGUCUAUCAAGGUUGUUUAUGUAGUCUUGGUUUUAUAACAAUGCGGUUGAUGCAAGCCUUAUAAUUCCAUUGUGAGGUGUUUAUUUAUUAAAAAAAGAAAAAGAUGCUAAGAAUUUAAAAUACCUAACCAACCAUUUAUUACUGAUACUGAUUUGCAACUGGAUUAUACUGAGAAUGGGGUGGGGUAUAAAUAGAAAUCAGUUACAAUAGUUUGUAUCUGUCACAUUUAGUAUCACCAAGUGUCUUAUUUGAAUAAUGGCACCAGCUGAACUGAUUCUGCCUUACUGGGGAUUUGUUUGUGUUGUUUUUAAAUGUUAGCUGCAUUUCUCAAUGUCAGUUUUCAACAACUAUGAUAAAUGGCAUAUUUCCAGAUUUCUUUGAAAGAAUAACAGUUAUGACAACAUAUUUGAGGAUUAGCUGUCCUCAGACUCCAUGCCACACAAUAACCUGCACUCAUUCUGGUUUCUUUGGAAAAUGUCUAAUUAAUAUUUUGCCAUUAAUUUUAAGUGUCAAACAUAACAGGAUUACAAGAGGUAUCUACGGUAUUUAUAUUUACAGGACAUUUUUUAAAAAAAUCUUUUUUUUCCAAGCUUGAUUUUUAUCAGUCUUAAAUAACAUACAACUAAACAUAAUUAAGUAAACUCUUUCAGUUGUCAGUAAUACUUCGGCAGUAUUUAAAGCUGUAUAUCUAGCUAUUAUCUAUACUUUAUGCAAACUAUUUACAAAGCAAUCUUUAAUCAGAUUCCAAAGAUUUUGGCUAUUGUUUUAUAAUUGUUUUAUAAUAAUUUUGCCAGCAUCAGUCUUGCUUGUUGGAAUCUAUUUCUUGUGUCCAUCUGCAAAAAUGAUGAUUGGUCACAAAGAACCACUCAUUUCCAUUCAAGAGGAGAGAUAAAAUUUGAACAUGUUGGCAUGUAGCACAAUAUAAAGAGCAAAGUUUGGAUCAAAAUCUUGAAAUACAAUUUGAGCUACCUGUAGAUUUCUAUAAUUCAUAUUUUCUAAUGUCAGCAACAUUAAAUCACUCCACCAAAAGAUUCGGUUUUUGUUUCUUACAUAAGAACUACAGCAUGAAGUUUUAGUUAGAAAAAUAAAAGGAUGUAUAGAGGGUUCUAAAAGUAUACAUAUGAUAAAAAUGGAGAUGUAGUUUUUCCCGUAUCAAAAGGCAGAAUCAUGGUUCUUUUUUAAAAAAAUUAAGAAACUUUCCCAUAGAACAAAACACAAAUAAAAAAGAAAGAAGUACAAAAAAUAAAAAAGGAAUUAAAGUGAAUAAAAUUGGGACUUCAGACCUUCUUUUCAACAGAUAAUUACAAUCUUAUUAUUCCUCCUCCCUCAAGUCUGUCAGUCCCUCAUUUGAUCCACAUCU